AUGCGCAUCCUCACCUUCCUCGGCGCCAUCGUGGCCGUGAUCUCCUCCCUCAUGUACAUGCUCGACACUCAUCUCGAAAAAUUCUACAUCUUCAACCCGAACCAGCUCCAUGCCCUCUCUCAAUCUGCCAUCGCAGCCCACGGUAACGACACCCGUGCCGUAGUCGAUUACAUCGUCGCGGAACUGUCCAAAACCCACCCCAACCACGUGAACGUGGAAGAAGAAUGGGUCUUCAACAACGCGGGCGGCUGCAUGGGUGCCAUGACUAUCAUUCACGCGUCCAUCACCGAGUACCUCAUCGUUUUUGGGUCGGCCAUCGGGACUGAGGGUCAUACCGGCCGGCAUACGGCGGAUGACUACUUCAUGAUUCUAAAAGGGGAGGAAUUAGCGUGGAAGGCAGGGACGUUCGAGGCAGAGAGAUAUCCGCAGGGUGCGAUGCAUCUGAUGAAGAGGGGUGAGGUCAAACAGUAUGCGAUGAAGGAGGCGUGCUUUGCACUGGAGUAUGCGAGGGGUUGGAUUCCGCCCAUGUUGUUCUUUGGGUUCGCAGACACGUUCUCAAGUACACUGGACUUCUACACGUUAUGGAGGACAACGCUCGUCACGGGUCGGGAGAUGUUGACCAACUUAGCGAAAAUGAAGCUGUAA